UUGACUUUCUACAGUAACGUAUAACACCCAACGGCGCUUUCGCUGAGUGAAGUUGAGUGAACACGUUGAGAGCCCGCUCUCUGUUGGAUCCAUGUGGUUUUACCUGGACUCACAACAACAAUCUGUUUUUGCGUCAACGCAGGACCGUCUACCAUCGUUGGCAAAAAUAAACAGAUUUUGAUUGAGAAAGAUGUUAUGAUAGACAGUUGUAGAAAAGUGGUAAUCAUUAGAUAUUGAGUUGUUAGUACCUACUACGUCCGGAUGCACUGCAGUGGGAGUUCCUCUACAAACGGGAAUCUGCAGAGGAUUAAAGAAGGAUUAAUCACGGAAGUGCACGAUGUUGGGAAUACGGACCGUCCUAUGGACUUUAUCUGUGGCGCUGUCCGUUGUCACUGGAGCAGAUUUUAAAGCACAUAACUGCAGUGAGGUUAGACAAGCUUCUAUCGCAAAAGGCUUCAGCUUUGAAAAUGUUCCUCUGCAAGAAACGUCAGGCGACCAUCUUCGUGUAUGUCCUCAAGGGAGCACCUGUUGCACCUCUGAAAUGGAGGACAAGUUUGGCCAACGGAGCAAGCUGGAGUUGGAGAACCUGGUCGAUGAAACUAGUCAUGAAUUACGAAGCACCUUUGUCUCCAGACAUAAAAAGUUUGACGAGUUCUUCCUGGAGUUGUUGGAGAACACGGAGAAGUCUUUGAACGAGAUGUUCGUGCGGACCUACGGAAAGCCGUACAUGCAGAACUCGGAGGUGUUCCAGAACCUGUUUGCCGAGCUGAAACGCUACUACACGGGAGGCAACGUCAACCUGGAGGAGAUGCUCAACGACUUCUGGUCGCGGCUGCUGGAGCGCAUGUUCACGCUGCUCAACUCCCAGUACGUCAUCACUGAGGACUAUCUGGAGUGCAUCAGUAAGUACACGGACCAGCUCAAGCCCUUUGGAGACGUACCCAAGAAGCUCAAGGCUCAGGUUACCAGGGCUUUCAUCGUGGCACGCACUUUCGUCCAGGGCCUCUCGGUCGGUAGAGAGGUGGCCAGCAGGGUGUCCAAGGUGAGCAGCACCCCAGCGUGUAUCCGAGCUCUGACCAAGAUGAUGUACUGCCCAUACUGCCAAGCCAUGCCCUCCGUGAAGCCCUGCAACAACUAUUGUCUGAACGUCAUGAAGGGCUGCCUCGCCAACCAGGCUGAUCUGGACCCAGAGUGGAACCAGUACAUCGAUGCCAUGUUGCUGGUGGCACAGAGGCUGGAGGGACCCUUCAACAUUGAGUCUGUCAUGGAGCCCAUUGAUGUGAAGAUUUCAGAGGCCAUCAUGAAUAUGCAAGACAACAGCGUCCAGCUCUCCUACAAGGUUUUUCAAGGCUGCGGCCAGCCAAAGCCCUCAGGAAUGGGUGGCAGGUCUACCCGCGGCAUUUCGGAUGUGUUCAACGCCCGUUUCAGGCCCUACAGCCCAGAGGAGCGGCCCACCACUGCAGCUGGCACCAGCCUGGACAGACUGAGGAUUGUCUGGAGUGCGAUGCAACACAGUUUGAUUGACAUCAAGGAGAAACUGAAGCUGUUCAAGAAGUUCUGGUCCAACCUGCCUGAGGACAUCUGCAAGCCACACAGGUUGACAGCAGGGAAUGCCACCGAUGAUGACCAGUGUUGGAAUGGGCACACCAAGGGCAGGUAUUUCCCAGAGGUUCUGAAAGACGGAUUGACCAAUCAGGUGAAUAACCCUGAGGUGGGCGUGGACAUCACCAGGCCGGACACGUUCAUUCGCCAGCAGAUCAUGGCUCUGAGAGUGAUGACAAACAAGUUAAAAAAUGCCUACAAUGGCAAUGAUAUCUACUUUCAAGACUCAAGCGACGAGGGCAGUGGCUCGGGCAGUGGCAGCGGCUGCACGGAGGCCUGCGUCACUGAGUUUGACUUUGCCAGCACCGAGGCCCCGGUGGUGGGAGCGGACCGGAGCGGGAGUGGCCCGAUGGAGGAUUCAGCAGCAGCCACACACCCUGCCCCCUCAGCAGCCCUGCUGGCCAGCCUGGCCCUUUCAGCCCUGGCACUGCACAGACUAUGGAGAUAAUGCUGGGGGAACUCACCCAACGUGGACAGUAGGAUCUCUCUCUACGCUGUGUUUUUCUACCCAAACAGACUGGAGCUACAGUCAAGCAGACAGUAUUCAGGCAGCCUUGGCCUUUCGGAUAGAUAGAGGGGUCUCUACUCUGCUCUGGAGACAGCAGUCAUGCAUCCUGGUUCCCCUUUCCUCCUCCCAAAGAGUGUCUGGUUGUUGAUUCCAUCCUUAGGCAGGGCUUCACAUGACUGCAGUCACUCCAAGAUAGAAACAGAUGAUCUCCUGUUAAACAUUGUUCAAGAAUUACUUUUGUCUGGCACAAGGCAGAUGUUAUUAGGUCUCCAUGAGAAAAAGCCCUUGCACUUUUGGUCCUAUUUUAUUUUUAAUUUUUCUCAAUGAUAUAGAAGGUUGUUAUGUUUUUUUCACUGUGAGUAUGUGGAGAGGUUACACCUAGAGGUGACCAGGAGUCACAGCUAAAACAUGUUUACUCUGGUUUACUGUUAUACCACAUUAUACUAUGAGGUGAUCUCAGUUGACAGGUCUUUUACUUGUUGACAGGUUAGAAGUGCAUUUCUUCAUUCAAAUAACAAACCUCAGACGACCACAAAAUCAUAUUUAAAAUAAAAAAUUAGAAACAGUACGGCUGUCACAAUAAUUGUUGGUUUCUACCUUGUUUCCUCUGCUUUAAAUAUUAUUGAUUACAUCUACAUUGACAGUAAAUGAUACCAAUGAAACAUGUUUGUUGUUAAUGUUAUUCAGGUAAGGUAAGAUAUUCUAUUACCAGUGUUGAUGAAGCUACUCUGAAAAUAUAGUUUCCCAAGCUACCAAUUACUUCAAACUGGAAGAAGUUAAGCUACACAAAAGCUACCCUAAUAAUGUUAACGCUAUAUAUAUUGUAAUAUAUUAUAUUAAAAAAAAGUAUUUCACUGCAUCCAAACUACUUCAAAAAUGAAUGAUCAUAUGCAAAUCUGAAAUGUCAUAGACUACAAAUUGCAUCUUGGGAUAAAAUGUUAACGGAAUGUGUAAUUUUGUCUAUUAAACACAAGCACAAUGUUCCAAGUGAGAAUUAGUCAGGU